AUGAACCAACCAGGCAUGAGUCAACCAAGCACAAACAAAGCUAGUAUGAAUCAACCAGGCACGAGCCAACCAAGCACAAGCCUAACUGGUAUGAAGCAACCAGGCACAAGCCAACGAAGCAUAAGCCAACUAGGGAUGAGUCAACCAGGUACAAGCCCACCUGGUAUGAACCAAUCGGGCACAAGCCAACGAGGCAUGAGCCAACCAGGCACCAGCCUACCUGGUAUGAACCAACCAGGCACGAGUAAACCAGGCACGAGUCAACGAAGCAUGAGCCAACCAGUCCUAACUGGUGUGAACCAAAAAGGCAUUAGCCAACGAAGCAUGAGCCAACCAAGCAUGAGCCAACCAGGCAUGAGCCAACUAAGCACAAGCUUAACUGGUAUGAACCAACUAGGCACCAGCCAACGAAGCAUGAGCCAACCAGACACCAGCCUACCUGGUAUGAACCAAUCAGGCACAAGCCAACCGGGCACGAGUCAACAGGGCAUGAGCCUACCUGGUAAGAACCAACUGAGCACAAGCCAAUCGGGCAUAAGCCAACGAGGCAUGAGUCAACCAGGAACAAGCCAACCCAGCACGAGCCUAUCUGGUAUGAACCAACUAGCUAGGAGCCAACCACGGAAGAGCCAAGCAGACACUAGCCAAUCAGGCACUAGCCGAUCAGGCAUGAACCAACCGAGCACAAGCUUACCUGACACAAACCAACCAGGUAUGAAACAACCAGGCAUGAGCCAAGCAAGCAUGAAGCAACUAGGCAUGAAUUCUUUCAGAGUAAGACCUGCAGUGGCUCGAGACUGCCCUGAAAUACUGCGCCUGAUUAAAGAACUGGCUGCUUGUGAAAACAUGCUAGAUGCAGUGAAGUUAACAGCAGCAGAUUUACUCAGGGAUGGCUUUGGGGACAAUCCCCUUUUCUACUGCCUGAUUGCAGAAACACAAAAUCAACAUACACCAUCAGACACAGUGACCAUUGGAUUUGCCAUGUACUACUUUACAUACAACCCCUGGAUUGGCAAGUUACUUUACCUAGAGGACUUUUAUGUCAUACAAGCUUAUCGAGGACUAGGUAUUGGAGCUGAAAUGCUGAAGAGGCUAAGUCAGAUAGCCAUCAGAAGCCAGUGCAACUGCAUGCAACUUCUUGUUGUCAUUUGGAACGAGGCUUCUAUUGACUACUACACUCGACGAGGGGCUUUAGACCUUUCCUCUGAGGAGGGCUGGCAUCUGUUCAGAUUUAACAGAGAAGAACUCAUGGACAUGGCAGGGGGAGAAUGA